UAGCGUUUAGCUAGUGUUAUCACUGACAUUUUAACCGUCAAAACACAGAGAGAGAUAGAGCAAAAAUGGCGAUGGCGAUGGCGAUGUUACCUGCGCUCUUCUCUUCUCCCUCGAUUCUGGCCAGCAGAAUCAGAUGCGGAGCCACCGCAAACAGUGGCGGGGCACUCUCAUCUGCUUCUCCUGACUCCGACCCUAGGAGAGGUGUCUCCGUUUAUAAGCCCAAGUCCUACGAGGUUUUGGUCUCUGACGCUGCCAAUUCUCUUGCGUUCGCUCUUCAGGAAUCCAAAUCUCGUUUGGAAAUCGAUUUCCCGCCUUUGCCCAGUAGCAUUUCGUCAUACAAGGGCUCUUCGGACGAUUUUAUUGAUGCCAACAUACAAUUGGCCUUGUCUGUUGUCCGGAAACUUCAGGAGAAAAUAGAGACCAGAGCUUGCAUUGUUUUUCCUGACAAGCCCGAAAAGCGCAGAGCUUCGCAACUCUUCAAAGCGGCGUUUGAUUCGAUUGAUGGCAUAAGUAUCGGUUCUCUAGAUGAUAUACCUGGUACUUCUGUCACCAAUUUCUUCAGGUCCAUAAGGAGUACCCUGGACUUUGAUUUUGAAGAUGAAAACGAAGGUAGUUGGGAACCCAAGGAGCCACCGACCCUUUAUAUGUUUAUCAAUUGCAGCACUCGAGAACUCUCUGUUAUAGAGAAGUUUGUGGAAAGCUUUGCCAGUUCAACCCCAGCUCUUCUCUUUAAUCUUGAGCUAGAUACCUUACGUGCUGACCUAGGGCUACUUGGCUUUCCCCCUAAAGAUCUGCACUACCGGUUUCUUUCUCAAUUUAUUCCCGUCUUCUAUAUCCGAAUCAGAGAGUAUUCUAAGACAGUGGCAGUGGCACCAUAUGUGUUGAACUACAACGGAGCACUUUUUCGACAAUAUCCUGGGCCAUGGCAGGUGAUGCUUAAGCAAUCUGAUGGUUCAUUUGCGUGUGUUGCAGAAAGCGCAACUCGUUUCACCCUGGGUGAAACCAAGGAAGAGCUGUUGCAGGUUCUAGGACUACAAGAAGAGAAAGGAAGCUCACUCGAGUUCCUGCGCAGGGGCUACAAGGCCGCAACUUGGUGGGAAGAGGAUGUGGAACUUGAGUUAUCAUCUAAUUGGCGUAGCUGAAUGAUGACCAAGUCAUGGAUUCACAGUUUUUAGUAAGUUCGAUAAGUCUCUCAAGAUUUAAGGUAUUUACACUUGUAUAUGUGCAACAUUGGUAGAGAGAGUUUGAGAGAUGUAAAUGAGAACGGUAAACGAUAGUUUGAAAAUGUUUUUAUAUAAUAUUCAGUCUAAAUUAUGAUA